CCCAGCCAAAUUCUUCCCCUCCUUCCUUCCUUCUCUCAGAGCUCUCCAUAUCAUAUCUUCUCCGCAGAAGAAGAAGAAGAAGAAGAAGAAGAAGCAGCAAAACGCCAUUCCCACACUGUCUGUCUGUCAGUCAGUCAGUCAGUCAGUCUUCUCGCGCAAAUGGCUCGCGUCGGCGUCACGACAAGACCUCGCCCUUUCCCUUUGGCUUCUUCCUCUUCCACGCCUGAUUCCCCUCCCCCUUCCUCCUCUUCCACCAAGCGACGGAAAUUCAACCACCGCGGCGCCGCCGGAGGCAGAGAACGCGAAUUUACGAGUGGAGGAGGCGACUCGGCGACUAGCACGGCAGCAGGCGAUUCGAGUUCCGGUCGUCGGAGCGGAGAGAUCGAGAGGUGUUUUACAAGCCCCAGCGCGGCGACGGCGGAUGCGGAGGAGGAGGAGGAGGAGGGAGUUGAUCGGCUCUGCUCCGACGAUUCCUGCUGCUCCAGUAAUGGAUCGAGCGAGGGAGCGUCUGGAUUCUCAGAUCUGCAGGAGGAUGAGCAGGCUGAAGUUGAAAUCGAAUCGCCGACGGAUUGCGGCGGCGGCGAGAGAGAAAGGUUUGUAGUCGUUUUAUUAUCCAAGUCGGACUCUCUUAAUAGUUUCCGUUUUUCAAAUUCUUAAAAAAAAAGUAUUCAUUCUCACCGUAUUAAUUUCGAAUUCGAAAACCUCCGCGGCUUCGGUAUUUAUUCCCUCCUCUCCUGUGUUUCACAUAUAGCGAUGUCCGUUUCUCUCUCAAUUCUUUCUUUUCCUUCCGUUUCAAAUUCCUCGCAGGAGAGAGACGACGAGUAGUCGGUCGACGGUUAUAAUCAAGACGGCGACAGGAGAAGAGAUUGUCGACGAGCUCGAGCCAAUGGAGAGACCUGAUGAGCUGCGGAAUUCCACGGCGGUGGAGCAGGGAGAGGAGGAAUCCUCUGCUGCGGCUGUGCGGAAUUCUUCGACGGCGAACCAGCAGAGGAUAGUGGUGACGGAAGCGGAGCUGGAGCUGUUCUUCAGCAGUAUGAACGGCGGGAAACAGGAACUGAAUCGAUUGAAUGAGAAGUACAACUUCGACUUUGCCAACGAGAAGCCGUUGGAAGGACGUUACGAGUGGAUUCCAUUAAAGCCAUGAGAGAGAGAGAGAGAGAGUGAGCAGUCGAAGAAGAAGAAGAAGAAGAAGGUGGUUGCUGAUCUCAUCCUUACUCAGCAGCAGCAGCCUCGUAAUUGUUAACGAUUCAUUCACCAUUGUUCCCAAAUUAGGUAUCUCUUUCUCUCUGGAUCGCCGAUCUCUUUGCAGCUGCCGCCUUCUUUGGUUAACUCAAUUUAAUAUUAUUAUUAUAUUAGGGAUUUUUUCUUUUUUCUUUUCUUUUUUUUAUCCU